UCACUCCACUUCCAACUUCCAAGUCCCAACCCAUCCCACACAUUACUCGCCGGACCAAUCGAUCCCGCCACCGCCGGCGCCGCCGCAAUGGCAGGGCAGCACCAAAAACCCCACGCCAUAAUGAUCCCAUACCCAUACCAAGGCCACGUCAACCCCUUCGUCUACCUCGCCGUCAAACUCGCCUCCGUCGCCGGCUUCACCGUCACCUUCGUCAACACCCACUACGUCCACGCCCAAAUCUCCAAAUCCCUGCAGGCCAAGAAUCACAACAAGUACGACGACCUGGUCGCCGUCGCCCGGAAAUCCGGCCUGGAUAUCCGGUGCGUCACCGUCGGCGACGGGUUCCCGUUGGGAUUCGACCGCUCCUUCAACCACGACCAGUUCAAGGAGGGGAUUCUGCACGUUUUCCCCGCCCACGUGGACGAGCUCGUCGGGGAACUUGUCCGGUCCGGCGGCGACCCGCCGGUGACGUGUUUGAUCGCCGACACGUUCUUCACCUGGACCUCCGAGAUCGCCGGGAAGUAUGGCCUGGUCAAUGUUUCUUUCUGGACCGAACCGGCUCUGGUAUUGUCUCUGUACUAUCACUUGGACUUGCUCAAGAAAAAUGGCCAUUUCGCUUCUAAUGAUAAGCGAGAGGACACCAUAGACUACAUCCCAGGAGUUAAAGCCAUAAAACCCAAGGACCUAAUGUCUUAUCUCCAAUCACGUGACACGUGUACGGUGAUGCACAGAAUCAUCUACAAGGCUUUCGAGGACGUUAAGAAAGCUGACAUCAUCAUCUGCAACACGGUUCAAGAGCUCGAGCCCCACACGCUCUCGGCCUUGAACGCGUACCAGCCCAUUUACGGUAUUGGCCCGAUCUUCCCAUCCGGGUUUAACAAGAGCCCAAUCACUACAAGCCUGUUAUCCGAGUCGGACUGCUCCCAAUGGCUCAACGCCAAGCCCGAUGGGUCGGUCUUGUACGUUUCCUUCGGAAGCUACGCCCACACUAGCAAAACGGACAUCGUGGAGAUAGCCCAUGGGCUAAUGCUUAGCGGCAUGAACUUCCUUUGGGUGCUCCGACCCGACAUUGUCAGCUCGGAGGAACCUAAUUUCUUGCCCUCCGGCUUCGAACGAAACAUCGGAAACCGAGGUUUGGUGGUGCCGUGGUGCCGGCAGACGGAGGUGAUCUCACAUCCGGCGAUUCGAGGGUUCCUGUCUCACUGCGGCUGGAACUCGAUCCUCGAGAGCAUCUGGUGCGGGAUACCGUUGAUUUGCUACCCUCUCGUCACCGACCAGUUCACUAACCGGAAACUGGUGGUCGACGAGUGGAAGAUCGGGAUCGACCUCUGCGACGCGCCGCCGCCGAUCGGGCGGCUUGGAAUCGCGGCGAAGAUCGACGUUUUCAUGAGGGAGAAGAGCGCGGAGCUGAAGAGGAGCGUCCUACAAUUGAAGGGCGCUUUGGAGAAUGCCCUUGCAUCGGAGGGUUCGUCCUCGACGAAUUUCAAUCUUUUUGUUGAGGACGUGAAGGCCCGCUCGCAGAAGCUGGUCGGGCUUUCUGCUAAUGGGCUCAGGAAAUCUCAGGCCCAAAAUCACGAUGUACCCAACUUGAUUUCUAGUUUACCACAAGGGAUAGUCCCCGAGUUUUAUACUCCUAAUUUGUUGUAACUUGUAAGUGGGUCACAUUUAUUUUCCUAUAAAAUAGAUUAUUAUUGUUGUUGUUGUUGUGAAAAAUUAGAAUUAUUUUGUUUCUUAUUUCAAUGUACUUUUAAUAAAAUGAUACGAAGUAUUAAUUUAGUUGUGAUUUUUUAUUCUCAAUAAUAUCUGUCUUCUUCAAAACCUUGACAUCAAUCUAAAUGUGCCGAUAAAUGUUGGACAGUUGG